GCCCGACGCCAACAGCACGCCCUGCCUCCCCAACCCAGAGUCCAUCAGCAACAUGCCGGACGUCGAGGAGAAGGUGCCCCUGAAGGACCCUGGCCACACCGAGAGCGGGUCCUGUGAGCCCGAAACAUCCGUGCCGACCCAGGAAGACCAGAGCGGCCCCGAGGCGCACCCGCCGCGUCUGAUAGAUAGAGUUAACAACGUGUCCAAGCUGAGCAGCAAGAUUGGGAUGAAUCAUGAUUUCCACAUGGAAGAGACAGUUUUACCUCCAAGCAGUCUGGAAGGCAAGGUCAAGGAGACAAUGCACAAUGCCUUUUGGGACCAUCUUAAAGAGCAACUAUCAGCUGCUCCCCCAGACUUCAGUUGUGCUCUUGAACUUCUGAAAGAAAUAAAAGAGAUCUUGUUAUCACUGCUGUUACCACGCCAGAACCGCCUAAGAAGUGAGAUUGAAGAAGCUCUGGACGUGGACCUCCUCAAGCAGGAAGCAGAGCGUGGGGCCCUAAAUGUUCCUCAUCUGUCUAAGUAUAUUCUCAACAUGAUGGCUUUGCUGUGUGCGCCAGUUCGAGAUGAAGCAGUGCAGAAGCUAGAGAACAUUACAGAUCCUGUUCGGUUACUGAGGGGGAUCUUCCAGGUUCUGGGUCUGAUGAAAAUGGACAUGGUGAACUACACCAUCCAAAGCUUUCAGCCCCACCUGCAGGAGCAUUCUAUCUGGUAUGAACGGGCUAAAUUCCAGGAACUCCUCAACAAGCAGCCGGGCCUCCUUGAUCACACCACCAAAUGGCUGACCCAAGCCGCAGCAGACCUCACCGCACUGCCUCUGACUUGCCCUGACAAUCCCAACUCCUCCAGCAUGGCCUGCCCCUCUCCAAAUGAGGCAGCCAAUAGCCCAGAGCCUCUCAGCCCCACAAUGGUGCUGUCCCAGGGCUUCCUGAACCUCCUUCUCUGGGACCCUGAAAAUGAAGAGUUCCCGGAGACCCUGCUGAUGGACAGAACCUGGCUGCAGGAGCUCAAGUCCCAGUUGCACCAGUUAACCAUCCUGGCCUCAGUCUUGCUAGUGGCCAGUAGUUUCUCUGGCAAUGUUCUGUUUGGCUCACCUCAGUUUGUGGAUAAGCUGAAACGCAUAACCAAAGCCCUGACGGAGGAGUUUAACUCCAGGCCUGAGGAGGCUAUGCUGACUGUGAGUGAACAGGUGUCUCAGGAAAUCCAUCAAAGCCUCAGGAACAUGGGCCUUGCUGCUCUGAGCAGUGACAACACAGCAUCUCUGAUAGGACAGCUCCAGAACAUUGCCACGAAGGAGAACUGUGUCCGCAGUGUCAUUGAUCAGCGGAUCCAUUUGUUUCUCAAAUGCUGUUUGGUUCUUGGUGUGCAGCGGUCUCUGUUAGACCUCCCUGGAGGCCUUACUCUCAUUGAGGCAGAACUGGCAGAACUGGGCCAAAAGUUUGUCAACCUAACACAUCACAAUCAGCAGGUGUUUGGCCCCUACUACAUGGAGAUACUAAAAACUCUCAUCUCCCCAGCCCAGGCACUGGAAACAGAAGUGGAGUCUCUCUGAUAUAGCACAGGCUCUCAUCCCUGGCACCUUGGACCCAGGAGAGAAGCCCAUCGUUUUCCUGGGGUGACAUCACAGUGACCAGCAGAGCAGCAAGCCCUCUUCCCCUCCUGCAGCCAGGACACCAGGGCUGUAGUGAUCAAGCAUGUAAACACCAGUUGGCCCAAACUUAUUUGCUAAUAAACUUCUGAACUGCAAG